GGAGGCCUGGGCGCGUUUUGGGGGCCGCUUGUGGCUGGGGGAAGCGGGGGUCUCGCGGGGCUGAGGGCGGCACGGGGCUGUUUGUUGGGGUGCUCCUGUUGGACUCGGGGCGAGGGUCUGGCAGUGGCACGCGGCCGGGGGUCUGCAUGCCUGAUGGAGUCCGUUCCCGACCUCGAGUCCUCUUGCAGGACUGUUUCUUUCUCAGAACCCUAUCCUGAACCGAAAUCCUUGAUGUACCCAAGUCUAACGCCAACCCCUGCUCUGGUUAAUGUGAAAAGGGCGCAAAAGGGAAUCUUAGUGACCUUCACCUUCCUUAGGCAGGCUUUUCAGUGCCCCACUUGCACAGGGUGCCUACUCUGUCUCAAAGCCCUUUCUCUACCCCAGCCCCAAAGCAAAAUCCCUCUCUUUGCUCCUCUUCCAGGGGCACAUUCAGAGAAAUUCUCGCAGUGAAAGGCUCUGAGCUGCCUUGGUGGGUGUGGGGAGAGCAGUGGAUGUUGUCUACCUUGACUUCUGCAAGGCUUUUGCCACUGUCUCCCACGACAUCCUUGUUAUGAACCUUAGCAAGUGUGGGGUAGAUGAGAGGAUUGGCAUCUAGCUGACUGGUAGAGCUCAGAGGGUUGUUGUCAGCGGUGCAGCCUGGUUUAGGGCUGCAUCUGGGGAUGUUCCUUAGGAGUCAGUGCUGGGUCCAGUCUUGUUCAGCAUCUUCAUCAAUGGCCCCAGGAUGGUUGAGGCAAAUCUGAUGCAAAUCUGGGAGCAGUGGCUGACAUACUGGCAGGCUGUACUGCAAUUCAGCAAGGCCUGAGCAGGAUGGAGAGUUGGGCAGGGAGGAACCUGGUGGAGUUUAACAAGAGCAAGUGUUGAGUCUCUCACCUGUGGAGGAAUAAAUGCAUGUGUGUCAGGUUGUGUUUUUGCUGUAGAAGCUUCCAGUACCAAGUUACGGAACUUACAAUUUUCUUACAGAAUGGCUGCAUAGGUUAAAAUGGCUGGCUAGGUUGUUUUUCACUAUGAAGAUGCUGAGCAGCAGGAUAGAGGGGAGGCUGUGAUGCCCUGAGCGUGGCAAGAAAUUAAUCCAGAGAGUUUGGGCAAUACCCACUGUGAUCACAGAUGGACAAUGCAAGCUUUUGCAAAGAAAUAUGCAUGGGAAAGACUGCUAAAUAAUUGUAAAUGUAUAAUUAAAUUUAUGCUUGCUAGCACAGCAUAACAGGUAUCAUAAAUCAGGCAUUGGAGUUUAGUAACCUUUAGGUAUUUUCUGAUCUGGGUUUCUUCUUAAACACGGCUUUCAUAUGUAAAAGGAAAGGAAAAAUACAGAGCAGGGGAAGGAAAGCCUGGCGCAGGAUAAAACAGGCUCAACAGUUUCAGGACAUAUUGCCCUCCGAUGUCCAUGGAAAUGGACAAAAUGAUCCUAAAAGCAAUAGGUUGAUGAUGGACCUCGUGUGGAAAAAUGGAUUAAUAGAUGCAUCGUGUAAGCCUGGAGUGCCCACCCAGUAGGGAAACAGAAUCUGCUGUGAUGGGAGAAAGGGAUAUAAUGACAAGUGUUUCACUUAUCCAGUGCCAUUUUCUCCCUUGUUAGGAGCGGUGCAUGCCUGCUGUUGCAACAAAUGAAAAAACCUUUGCUGCUUCACUGCAAUCUUUGCCUGAACAACAAUGAUGGCAGCUGGGUGUUUCUCACACGUGUUCCUGUGCAGGUUGGGGCACGAGCUGCUGCAGAGGAGCUCUGUGCAGAAGGAGCUGGGGUGUGGAUGACAGGUCGGCCUUGAGCCAGCAGUGCGCUCUGGUGGCCAAGAAGGCCGAGGGCAUCCUGGGGUGCAUGAAAAGCAUGAAAUGCUGCUGUACCCUGGUGAGGCCACAUUUAGAAUAGCACGACUGGCUCUGGGCUCCCCAGUUCAAAAAAGACAGGGAUCUCCUAGGAGGAGUUCAUCAGAGGGUGACAAAGGCAAUAAAGGGCUGGAGCAUCUCCCAUAGGAGGAAAGGCUGGUGACCUUGGCCUGCUCAGCCUGGGGAAAAGACGACUGAGGGGGUUCUGAUGAAUGUUUAUCAAUAUUUAAAGCGAGGUGGGAGGCAAAUGGUAGGGGCCAGGCUCUUCUUGGUGUGCAGUGGUAGGACGAGGAGCAACGGUCUAAAGCUUGAACAUAAGGAGUUCCAUGCAGACACGUGGAAGAACUUCUGUACAGUAAGGGUAAUGAAGCACCAGAGCAGGUUGCUCAGAGACGAGGUGGAGUCUCCUUCUCUGAUGGUGUUCAAGAUCCAUUCAAGAUGGUAUUCAAGAUCAAGAACCUGCUUGAGCAGGGGAGUUGGACUCGAUGAUCUCUUCAGGUCCCUUCCAAUCCCAUUCCAAUCAAUUCUGUGAUUCUGUGAAUCAGAAUUGGAGAAUCUAGAAGUGCUGAAUGAUCGUGGAAACAUCGUAGCAUCUACAAUCUUGGAAAUACAGUCAAGAUACACAGCACUGUGAUAGAAUGGAGGCAAAAAAUUACCCUUAAUUGCCCUUGAAGUACUCUGAAAUCAAGGAGUCUACAAUCCUCGCAGAACUUGACUCAGGCAAGCAAACACUAAGGACCUCAGCCUUUCCCUCCCUGCAUUCCCCCCACAUCUCAGAAAGGAUGAGAAUUCUCCUGUGUCCUCCUUCAGUUGCUGAUAUACUUAGAGCAGCGUUUUUAAUUGUCCUUAAUGGCAGAAGGCAGACGAAGCUCCAGCUGUGCUUUGCCCUCCUAAUUUCUCCCUGUGGGGCCUUACAGCACCUUUGCAGUCCUAAUUUGGUGCUGGGCAGAAGCAGAUCAGCAUUAACAGGAGUUGGUGGGCACAGUUUGCUUCCUCAGAGGGAAAUUUUGCAGGGGGGGAGCUCACAACUGAUGGCAUGGAACAGCAUCACUUUGCACUGCUUAUGGGAUGGCUCAUCUCAGAAGUCAAAGCACUGCAAGUUGCAAGCGCUCAGAGGUUUGCUUCCUCAAAAGAUGUACUUUAAAUUCCAUUUCUAAUACUGAACUUAACACAGGGAGGGAACUGAGGUUUAUGAUCUUCCUGAAAGGCAUCCAGCACCACCGUGCCCUUCUCAAAGCCUCCUUUGGUGGGGAAGUCUCUGACUCUCAGGAAUGCGGUUGGAGACGCAGCAGCACACCGCUGUGGUUAAAAGCUGUGAGUCCACUCUGUUGUUCAGCACUGCUCUCUUCAUACAUGUUAACAGAGCGUUCUGCAGAAUACUCUGACCGUUCACAAGGGCGCUUAUCCACUCAGAGCUGUGAGACCUUCUUUCUUCUUCCAAAGGUGUCCUUGGUUCUCAUGCUGCUCAUCUUGCUCCACAGCUGCUGCUCUGAACAGUUUCUCUUGUAUUCCCACCUCCUUUGGCAUAAUUCAUGGAAGGAAGAGUGCUCACGUGCACUACACAAACAAAAAGAGCAUCUCUGACCUCAUAGACUCGCACAUUGCCAUGCUAAUACUCCAUGGGAGAAACAUAAAAUUACCCCAUUUUUUUUCUGCAAUUGAUCUGUCUCCUUUUUCCACACCAAGCAUAUAUUCAAAAAUUUCAUUUGCAGCAAAAACGUGGAGGCUAAAGUUAAAACACAGCAACAACAAACACGCUACUUUACACGUAGAGAUUUGGGAAUGUGUGCUGUCUAUGAGGAUGGAGUUCUAUCCUUCAGCAUCCCAACAGCCCGUCUGCUUUAAAGCACAGCACUCGAGCGAUUUUUUCAAGCUGCUGUUGUGUUCUGACUCUCUGACUCUGGAUUCUCCGAUUUCUUGAUUGUGAAUGCACAAAGCUGUGCUCAGAAACAGCCCCUCGUGUGUCAUUCCAGUUCCUUCCCCUGCAUUGUGUCACCCAGCUCUGGGAACCCUGCUUUUGGAUCAGAUCCUGCAGGCAGCAGAGCUCUUCCCGUAAGAAUGCUCAAAGACCAGAAGUGAAAGCAAAAUUGACAGAUUGCACAUAACGUCCAGCAGCGGAGCAUCCGGCAGCAGAACACCCUCAGUGGGGCUCAGGCCGCAGCUGCUGCAAAGCCUGCGGUCCCUUGGUGCCCGGGGAUGCUUUCACCUUCAUCUUCUCCUCUGAGGAUGGAAUGAGCGACUCGUGAUCCCAUGGAGUCUGAGUCUAGGUGAUAAAAUGAUGAACAGCUGAUCGCCGAGGCUCUGGGUGAGUGAGAAGUCGGGGGAGCUGAGGGUUCUAGGUAGUAAGAAAGCUGUGCUAAUUGCUGGAAGUUCUGUGCAACAGCCAUCUAUGCUAAAGCUAGAAGCUGUAGGUAAUGGUAAGCAGUGCUGCUUGCUAGAAUGUUGAUGGAUUCCUGCACUCAGCUUGUAACCAGGGCCCUGAGGUCUGUCCUCACACCUGCCAGGGGUUCCACAGUGGGAUAAGCAGUGGCUCAUGGCAAUCCCAAUGCCCUGUAAGCCCACGACUGUGUGCACAGCUGUGCGUGAGAGUGGCUGGGACAGAAACAUCUGGGGGAGCUGGGAGGAGUGCAGUGGGGAAGUAAUUGUUUCCACAUGGAUAUUAUAGCAGGACUAGGGGAAAUGGAUCCAAGUUGGAGGAGGGAAGAUUGAGGUUGGAUGUGAGGGGGAAGUUCUUUACAAGGAGAGCGGUUGGGCCCUGGAACGGGCUGCCCAGGGAGGUUGUGGAUGCCCCGUCCUUGGACGUGGUCAAGGCCAGGUUGGACGGGGUCCUGGGCAACCUGAUGUGAAUGUGGAUGUUUGGUGGCCCUGCCAGGCAGGGGGUUGGAGCUGCAUGAUCCUUGGGGUCCCUUCCAACCCGGGUGAUUGAUUCUGUGAUUGAUGAUUCAGCAGCAACUGUGACAGAGCAACAAAACUCCCCUGCUCCGUACGCACGUUCCAGAAUUAGGAACUGCUGAACUCGAAGCAGGUAUUGUAAAUACUUUGGCCUGGCUUGAUGUGAUGCAGACUGUUCCUUUAAACAACUUGAGCUCUGAAAUUGAAUUGUAUGUAUAAUUAACCAUUCAGAAUUAUUGGGCUUUAGGUGAUCCUUUAGCACUGCCAGGUGGAACACCAUCUGUUGGAUUAUGCUAAAUUAUCAAAUUACCCUAAUCUAAACAAGGCAAACACAAGAUAAAUGUCAUCCAGACCCAGGUUCUCACUUUUCACCAAAUGGUUCCGGAGCGGCCCUUGGUGAAGAGCCUAACAGCUGUUUGCUCUUGCCUCUGGUCCUAAAAUCUUGGUGGAAGCUCCUGUUGUAAGCACAGCACGGUAACCAGUCAUUCUGGAGGAAUUCCCAGAAGAAGGUUCUUGUUCCCAUUGAAUCAGGUGAGAGUCCCAAAUAUCCUCCUGCUGUAGAGAACUGCAUUUCCAAAGCCUCUUCACUGCAGCAGCACCGUGCUGAGCAAUGGCAUCAGGAGGCAGGAAGGAGAAUGCAGUGGCUGAGCUCCUAUGGUACAGCCUGGAGCAACUGGAGAAGCAUGCUCUCACAGAGUUCAAGGCUGAACUCAGCAAGAUCCAGCCUAAGGAGGGGUACGAGCGCAUCGAGCUGGACGCUGUGACGGAUCUGUCGCCAGCAGCGCUCGCCACCUUGCUGUGCAGCCACUUUGGGCAGUCCCACUGCGUGGAGGUGACAGCAGACGUGCUGUGGGCCAUGGGAUGGAUGGCUCUGGCCAACGAUCUCCUGGACAAGCUGAACCAGGGGGCAAGGUUUGUUGAAUGGAGCAGUGACCUCCUAAUCCAGAAAGUCUAUAACGUGGAUGGGACCAUGAAGGAACUCCUCCAGGAAGGUGUGCUGAGCUCUGAGCAGCAUGACAGCAUCGUGGCAGAGAGCACCAACCUGAAUAGAAUGCAGAAGCUCUAUGAACUGGUGCCAGCAUGGGACGUCACAGCCAAAUAUUGCCUGUAUGAUGUACUGAUGAGAAAUAAUCCCUCCAUCUUCUUGCAAUAUUUAGCAGAUACCAGGGCUGAAUCAUGCUUUGAUGAGUUCACGAUCGAAGAACAAGAUAUCUCCUGGGCCGGUCCUGUGACACAUCCAGGUGAGAUGGAAAUGCCAGAUAUCUCCUGGGCCGGUCCUGUGACACAUCCAGGUGAGAUGGAAAUGCCAGACAUCUGCCUGUCCAGUUCUGUGAUCUGUCCAGGUGGGAUAGAAGAAGCAGCAAUAUCUGCGAGCACAGAUACAAAUUGGAGGAAACUGAUGGGAAAUCAAAAUCUGCUCACACCGUGUGCGCCUGCAGAACAUGAGCCUCCACAGAUGGAGAGUGACAGCGGCACACACUCAGGUGCCAAAUGCAUGGCGUGUCCCUGGCCAGAGGAUGACAGGGCAGAAGAAGUGAAGCCAGAGAUUACUGGAGGCAAAGAAGGCAAGAAAGAGAAAUACAGAGCUCAUUUCCCUCGGGCCGGUUUCUUCCGCUGUGCUGAGACAGAGCUCAAGUUCCUGGUGAGGACGGCCACCACUGUUGAGUACGAGUACUCCUUCUGGGAACGUCACCUGCCUGAUGGGAUCCCCGCUGGAUGGAUGGAGGCUGGACCGGUGUUCGACAUCCGUGCUACGCUGGGGGCUGUCGAGGCCGUUCAUCUCCCUCAUUUCCUGUGUCUCGCAGAGGGAAAUGUGAACACGUCUGAGAUGCGUAUCGGCCAUGUUGUCAAUGGGAACCUGCUCCUGGAGAAGCCUGAUGCAGUGAAGCCAUUCCAUGCAGAGUUGAGGGACCCCAGUUUCUCCCCCAUGGGAGUCAUCUUGCUUUCUGCCGCAUUCCCCUUCAUCCCCGUGCACUCCCUUGUGCCGCUCUACCGUGUCAUCAGGGCUGCCGACAUCACCCUUCACCUCUACCUCAUCCCCAACAACCACGGCCUGGAAAAGGUGGUGGACAAGGAUGAGAAGAGACGAGGCCAUUCACUCUUGGUGAACAAACCUCCCCAGACCAAACGACCGCUGAACUUUAACACAUGGUACCGCGUAUCUGGUCCUUCACAGGCAGAGAUAAACCCUCAAGAGCUGAAAUUUGUCUACCUGACAUCAGACAGCCGCCAGCUCCACACUGAGAUCUACAACAAAGACCUGCAGGAGGGAAUGCAGCUCACUUUGAUGAAGGUCGCCCAGGAGGGUGAAAAGGAGUGUGACCCACUGUGGGCUGCCUUCCUGAGGGCAGGGGACAUUGAGCCUCCAGCUGCCUCUCCUCCUUUGUACUCAGGGCUGCAUUUUGUGGAGCAGCACCGAGAGCAGCUGAUCCAACGAGUGACGUCUGUCAGCACUGUCCUGGACCGGCUCUACGGGCACGUCCUGAGCAACGAGCAGUACCAGAGCAUCCGAGCAGUGCCCACCAUGCAGGAGCAGAUGCGGCUCCUCUACAGCUUCGUGCCCAGCUGGGACGUCGCCUGCAAGGAUCUGUUCCUGGACGCUCUGAAGGCUACCAACAGUCACCUCAUCCAGGACCUCCAGGGACAGUGAAAACCAUCUCAGGGAGGUUCUGAGUGAGCUCAGCUCAUGGGCACCUUGGGAAGAUGAGCCCCUGGAUGGGCUCUAAAUGACUCAGGGAGCCCUGAGCAGGAAGAUUCUGUCUCAUUACAGUCUCAUUUUCAUGCUGAUGGUAUCAUGCUUUAUCAAGUAAUUAGCCCUUAAUGAGCCUAAAGACCAAUUUCAGGGCAAUUUCCCUUCCUUGCUGACACCAGAGUAUUAUCACUUUUGACACACUUGGGGCUGAAUUGUGCCCUUUUCACUCGUUCUUCCCAUAUUUGUCAUCAAUUUUUCCCACUUUUCUGUCCUCGGGGGACAACUUUGAGACUGUGAACCCAUUGUUUUUCCCUUUCACCUUUCUUCGGUGGACUCUGGGAGCAAUGCAUUAGCAGCAAUUGCUUCCAGAGGUAAAGAAAUGUACAGGGACAGUUUUCCCUAUCAUCACGUAACUCAUUUCAUUUCAAUCGACCUUUGUGGUUCAGCCAUUCAGGCCUUGAAAUUCCCAAACACACCAGGGCAGGGCAUUAUCCCUCCAAUAAUAACCUCCAACAGAGCAACAUUAAAAGUACCAAAGUAUCAAAUGCUUACUGACAUAAUUCCACCGUUGUGUUGGCCUCAAGGCAGCGGGAGGUGGUAAUGUGCAUGAUACACAAGGUCAUCUGGGAUAUCGGCCACGUUGGGCCCAAGCUGCAAGGAUGGGGGCUGGGUCUGGCAGAGUGGGGCCUGAGGAGGUGGGUUCUACACAGGAUGAUGUGUCUCCAUGGGGUCUUCAUGAGGUAGAGGUUGUCAGUGGGGCUGGGCUCCAAGGGUUGUGGGGUCCCCACGGGGGGUAGGGUCUCCACAAGAUACAGCUUGUCAAUAAGAUGGGCUUUCAUUCGUUAUAGGGUCUAUAACACCAUAUAGGUGUGGAAGUUAGGGCCUCCAAGGGGUGGAUCUUCCAAGCGUUUACGCAGUCUGCAUGGGAUACAGGGGGGUCAGCAGAACUGCUGUCCUGGACUUCUGGAGGGCAGACGUCCAGCCGUUCAGAGCAGCCAUGUCCAAACGGAGGCCCAGCACAGCUUGCAUUGCAGCCGCUCCUCUCAUCAGUGUGCUGCGAACCCGACCUGGGCUGAAAGCAGGGACAGGGAGGGCGCAGCGCAGCGCCAGCUCAGGUUACAGCAAACCAGUUUAUGCAUUUUAUUACGUUGCCUUACAGUCCUGUGAGAACAAAAAAGAUGCAGCCAGGUUUUUUUUUUGCGGUAAAGGAAUGCGAGGAUAAGUUUCAACAUGACUGCCUAAAAAAAUCACUGGUUUAUCUGUGACUCCAUUUUCUGUCGAUGUCAGUACAUUCCCUGUGGAUUUGCAACCGGAAUCUUAGUUGCAAAUAAAGUUGCAAUCAAAAAUCUGAUCAUGUCUCUUUACCAGACUUGGAUAAGCCCUCUGUGACAGAGAGAAACACCCCUUGUUUCCCGGUCACACCAUCCUCCUGUCACUGCUGUUUGGCUGUAGGUACAUUUGUCAACAAGUGUUUUCAAGGAUGAAGCACAGAAAGAGUAAAACUCCAUCAAGAAUCUCUGACAAAGACCUUGACAACUCACUGAGAAUUGCAAUCACUGCCACUGAAUCUGACCGAUACGGUACUUUCACAACAAGGUCCCAUAUCCCACUGGUUUUAUAUUACUGUUGCUUUCUUUUUAAUACCUUAUAGUGAAAGAUCACUAAAAAUUAAAGUAACAUUUGUACUUGUGUACAUUACCUAUACUAUACAUUUAAUGAGGACUGCUCCAAAGGUAAUGCCUCCUGUUUGCCCACAACAACAGAGCUGGACGUUGGUGGGAAAGCAGUAGAGGUUGAACCUUCACACCAAUUUUCCACUAACUUUUGUUUUCACACGACAGGCAGCUGCCUCAGCUCAGGCUCGGCCCAGGGGCUUCCAGAGGCCUUCCAGCAGCUGCAUGGCCCCCCUCAAACUGCACUCCAAUACCUCCACCACAGCCCCCUGCAGCCGCCCCGCACUUUCCCCCCUCACUGCUGCAGCAGUGAGAAGAUCACCAGGGACACCGCUGGCAGCGGCACUCGGGCCCCAUCUUCCUCCUCCUCCUCGCUAUUCGACGCCUCCCCUGGAACCUUCAGCCUCGCUCAGGGGGUUUUCGCCAUAUUUCCCCUGAGCGCUGGCUCUGAGCCGCUCUCCAAAGCCACGUCCAGCACCAGCGUGCGGGAAAGGCGGGCAGCCAUGGUGUGGGAGAGGGGAACAAAAGGGAGAAGAGGGAGUCGAGAGGACACGGGCUCCCUUAGGCAUGCAGACCCCCGGCCGCGUGCCACUGCCAGACCCUCGCCCCGAGUCCAACAGGAGCACCCCAACAAACAGCCCCGUGCCGC